UGAAUUUGGAGAAGGCAAUAUUUGGAAUCAUUGCCUUGGUAAUGCAGUGUUUUUAAUGCCAUUAAAUCGAAGCAAAUCAUUCCCUUAUUUCCAAAAAAACUCUCAUGUUAACUUAUUUUGAGGAAUCCCUCUCAUUGUGAGAUCUCAGCUUUUAAAAUUCUUUAAUCUGUAAUCUGUGUUAUAAAACACCUAACCAACUAUUUAUCGAAACACAGAAGUGGAAGUUGCUUACACUGUUUUAUAAGAACCAGCUAAUCGAAAUUCAGGCGUUUAAUUGCUAUAUAGUGUGCUUUAAGGGGGUGUUAAGGCCUUGUUUGCCAACAAAGUGCGUGAGACAUCCUUUAUUCGCCGACAAAUUUUAAAAUUCAUCGAAAAACACCCCUACAUGACAAAAAAGGCCUCGCUUUUGAGAUGAAAUUUUUUAAAGGGGUCUUUAAACAUUGUUCAACAUUACAUUUUACAAUAGCUCAGCCUAUUGAAGUGCAAUUUGUUCUUAACCUUCGACUUAUUUUGUGGCUCGUGUUCUUAUAAAAAAACGAGGGUAGUAUUUGACAUAUUUGAUUGACCGUAAACAACCGCGGUUGUCCCGAGGUUGAUCCUCGGAACCUGGAUUUGUUUCCAGAAAAGUUCAGUCUCGUUUUCAGUGUCAGAAGUCAUGUGCGUUGCGUUUUCUUUUUGUAAGAAGAAAAUUUGUUGCAGUGAAAUUUUGGGUAACUUUUAUCGUGAAAGUCAUGGAAUCAAUUGAGGAGUUAAAACAAGAUUGUGAAGAGUUGCAACGGUUGCUCAAAUUGGCUUCAAGGUCAAAUGUUCGUCAGCUGAUUGCUUCUGAAAUAACACUAUUACAAAGUAAAAUCCACAAGCUUGAAGAAGAGCAUGAAAACCAACCAAGCACUGCAAGUGGAGACAACAAAGCACCAAAAAAGUUGCCAGAAAAAUCAUCAGAGGCAGCUCAUGUCUUUACACAAAAAAUCCAGUCAUAUGGUUGGGACCAAAGUGACAAAGCGGUGAAAAUCUACAUAUCACUAAAAGGAGUUGAUUUACCAAAAGAGAGUAUACAACUGGAUCUAACAGCAGAGUCCGUUGACCUUUUGGUCAUGAACUUGGAUAAAAAGAAUCACCAAUUUAAUAUAAAGAAACUCUUGGAGCCCAUUGACCCAGCAGGCUCUUCUUUCAAGGCAAAGUCUGGAAAUAUAAUUGUUACAUUGAAAAAAGCGGUGGCGAAAAAUUGGACACAUUUAACAAAAACAGAGAAAAGCACUUCUGACCUGAAAACACCAAAAUUGGACAAAGACGAGGAUCCAUCAUCGAGCAUAAUGAAAAUGAUGAAACAGAUGUAUGACGAUGGUGAUGAUGAAAUGAAACGCACGAUUGCAAAGGCCUGGAGCGAGUCACGUGACAAGCAGACUUCUGGUCAACUGGUAUCUAAUGCUUUUAACGCCUGGCUGCUUUACGUCAUUCUGUGACAAGAGACACCAUAAAAGAUAUCCCUGCACCGUAUAUUGGUGAAGAGCCCAUCAGAGAUUGCAUUUUCAUUGCUGUAUCUUUUCAUGGAUGGAAAACUGACUGUGGACUGGCCUGUUUACAUUUCUUUUUAGACAAUCUAGUUCCCCAACUUGUUCAGUUAAGAAUCUGUCAAACAAUAAACUCAACCUUUAUUGUAGACGUGCUUUGUUUAUUUUGAAUAUAAACCUGCCCUCGAAACUGGGUUUUAAGAA